CGAGCGCGAGUACGAGACCGAGUAGAGUGGGAACCCCACAAUCAGUCGUGUCGGCGAUUAGUCUCGCUCCGAUGAACGUCACCGGGCCCUCCAACCUUUCCGAUCGGGACUCAGCACAGCAACCAACGACAACGACGACAACGACGACAACGACGACGACGACGACGACGACGACAGGCUCAGGCUGGAUCCGAAGCGUCAAAGAUAAACUCCUCCGCUCCUCCACCUCAGGCAUCGACGGAGGCCUAGGCGACGAACGACGGAGAUCGAGUAUCGCGUCGAACGUGUCGGGCAUGAGUACUCGCUCCGAACCCGACGCGUUGGCGAUAGCGUUGUUGGGUGCGAUUCCGGUGCGGAUUGCGGUGGUCUCCCACCACGACUCCGAAGACGGGACCGGGGGAGGAGGAAUGGUGGAGGUGUUUGUGAGGAAGGCGUAUACGCUUAGGGCUGGAGAGGUGGUGCCACCCAUGCGACCGUUUGUUACGGGAGGGAGGGUGUAUCAUGUUUCGUUGGUCAAGACAUCAUUAGGAGAUAUUCCAGAACACGGUGUACACACCUACGACGCAGCAAUCAUCCUCUACAACCACUCACCCUCCCCUUCGAGCCUCCCGACAACCAUCACCGCCACCCAACUCGCCCUCGGCCCCUCAACACCCCUCAUCCUAGCCUCCUGCCGCUUCGGCGACAACGUGCCCAAAAGCGCCGAUGUCGUCCUCGGCAGCGUAUGGGGCAUCGGGAUGAUUGGCGUAACGGACGAGGAGAGCGCGAGGGUCGUUAUUGUGGAGUUGUUGGAGGCGGCGUGUGGGGAAAGGUAUGGGGGGAGGAAGAAGAGUAGUGCCAGCGCGAGUACGGGGACGAGCGGUUCGGGUUCGGGUUCGUUGAGGAGGAGGCAGGUUAUGGGUGCGGGGAGGAGGACGAGUUCGAGUAUUCAGCUUGGGAGACCGGGGAUGGUAUCGAGGAAUACCGAGGAUUCGGGGAUAGGGAGUGGGAGUGGGAGUGGGAGUGCGGAGAGUAUCUCGUUGGCGUUGAGGGCUAUGUCCCUUAAAGUCCCUGAACCGCCAACGAGUGCGCCGGGCGAGACGCUGGAUAUGGAGGUUAUGACGCAUUUCCCGUUUCGGUUUCCUGCCAGCCCUACCCCAUACGAACAGGAGAGUGGUGGCGGUAUCGCGCCGGAAUCGCGAGACAGGGAGGCGUUGCCGCAGAUUGGAAUCGUUACGGAGUUACCCAUGGCAUUCACCACCAUCGGCACGUCCUCGCGUGUCACACAGGUACAAUCCGCGCCCGUUACGCCUGUUGAUGAGGAUGGGCAUGGCGGCGUUAUGCAGCGGACGUUUGUGGAUGGUGAGGAGGUUGUUUCGUUUACGCAGUUUUUGGGCAAUGAUGGGGGUGGGGGUGUUGCGCCGGGGUCGAGUCCGAGGGGGACGAGGUAUUUAGGGUCGUGGGGGCAGCAUCAGCAUCAGCAUCAGCAGCAACACCAGCACCAGCAUGUGCCGCAAUCACAGUACCUCCCGCACCAAGCGCCCUAUCCGGCACAGAUGCACGUUCAGCGUGGGUCGCAGAGCGAAGAAGGCGAAGAUGGGCUCGAGGCGGAGUGGAUGCGAGUACGGAAUGCGCCGGGGAGGGGCAGUUGGGGUGCUGCGAUGGUGGAGAGUGGGUGGGAUGAUCAGGAGUCAAUGGUGAGUAUCGAGCGGGACGGUUCCGGUACUGGGCCUGGGGCGGGAACGGGCACGGGGAGGUGGGAGGAGAAGGAGAUUGUACAGGGGCAGGGGUAUACGUUUGAACAGCUUGUUGGGAGGCUGCUGGUUGAUCCGUACGACCCUGCGUUCGAACGGACGUUCUUGACGUUUUAUCGAAAAUUUGCCCGACCUGGGGAAUUACUGAAGGCUAUCCUUGCACGCUUCGAGAAUUGUCAUGGAAGGGAUCCGUUCCAGUGUACCCUCAACAAAGCUCGCUGCGUUACCGUUCUCAAGGCUUGGGUCCAGACGCAUCCGCAGGAUUUCGUGCAUGCGGGUACGAGGCAGAGUUUGAUCAUGUUUUUUCGGAGGUUAGGGACUGAUUUGAAUUUUGCGCAUCAUGUUGCGGAGGUGAGGAGGGAUUUGCGGGGGUUGACUGAUGUGGAUCCGGAUUUGUGUUGGGGGUUACCGGAUCGGGAUAACGCGGACGGGGGAGAUGAGGGGAGUGCGAUGAGGCCUACGACGGCGAGGAGAAGUAAGGGAGAGUCGAUUGGGGUGAAGGAUCAAGGUGAGGAUAUCUUGUUGGAGUGGGAGAAUCGUGUGCCCACCACGGAGGAAAUGGCGGCGCUCGAAGGGAGUGUGGCGUCGUUGCCGGGUGAUAUGUUUAUGGAUGAAGCAAACGCCAUGACGAAUGUCGCUAGUCAUCAGGAUGAUGUCUUGACGUGUGGGAUCGAGGCAGGAGGGAGUUUGGUUUGUGCGACGGCUGAUGGGGAUAAACUUGCGGCGGCUGUUACUUCGUUUUUGCUGACGCCGGAUGAUGUCGUGGCGAAGGAGUUGACGCGGAUUGAGUGGGAUCUCUUCUCCAAGCUGGGGCCUAGGGAUAUGAUUCGGCAUGUGUACAAGACUGCUGAGGAGAAGGCAUCAAACCCUGGUGCGAUCACGAAGAUCAUCGCGCAUUUGAAUACGAUGAGUGCGUUGGUGCAGAGUAUGAUCUUGACCAAAGGGAAAGUGAAGCAUCGUGCGAAGGUGUUGGAGAAGUUUAUGAAUGUUGCGUGUAUUCUACGCAAUAUGAAUAACUACAACUCGUUGAUGUGUAUCCUUGCCGGGAUCAAUUCUGCUGCUGUCAUGAGACUGCGGUUGACGCAUGAGCUCGUCAAAGAUAAGCCGACCUACCGCCUGUUCAUGAGAGCGGAGAGGCUGAUGAGCUCUGAGAUGAGUUUUAGGGCGUAUCGGAGAGCGUUUAAGUUGCGUGGGAAUAGCGAGCGGAUUCCCUAUUUGGGAAUUUACUUGCAGGAUUUCCUGAGCAUCAAUGAGGGGAACAAGACCUUCAUUUCGGAUAAUGUUAUUCAUUGGUCGAAGUUCCAGUUGUUGGGAAGGGUGGUGAACCAGAUCAUGGGGUGUCUGGAGAAGCCGUACAAGCUGGAGCGGGACGACAGAACCGAAUCAUGGGUUCGCAACACCCCGGUCAUGAACGAAGACGACUUGUACGAGCGCAGUUUGGAAGUCGAGCCCAGGCGUGAGGAGAAAGGCACAGCUGGUGGAAGACUUGCAAAGUGGGUAGCAGGCUCGAAAUAUACGGGGACGAGCUGAUGUUGGGGCGUAUAUUGGCUGAUCUUUUUUUUUUGCUUUCGACGUUUUUUUGGAAGGGAUUUUCUGGGCGUUAUCGUUUCGUUUACGGCGUUUUGAACCAAUGGUUAACGGGAUGGAGGACAUGAUAGACUUAUGAGAUGAGAUAUACGUGUGCGAGGAUGCCAAGGACGAAAAAAAAGAGAUGGCAUAUAGGUUUCUGAGGUAUCAGGC